AUGAUAAAAUACAUCAAGGGGGAUCUAUUCAGUCAUAAAUCAAUUGACAUCUCUAAAUCAGUUAUUUUGGCACAUGCAUGUAAUACUCAUGGUGCUUGGGGUGGUGGAAUUGCUGCAGUGUUUGGUAGGCAAUUCCCUACGGCCAACACAAAAUAUUCAAACUAUUGUCAUACACAUUCAAAUUUAUUAGGUACAACUUUGCUAAUCCCUGCAAAUGACAAUAAUAAAAUAUUCAUUGCCUGUUUGUUUACAUCGGAUUUUUCUCAAACACCAACUGAAAUUGUUGAAUACACUGACAAGGCGCUUGAGGACUUAUCUAAACAAUUAGCUAGUAGUGAUCUUGAUUUUGAAACUGACCAAGAUCAUCCUAUUAUUAAUAUGCCCAAGAUUAAUGCUGGUAUCUUUGGUGUUCCUUGGGAAUUAACUGAAGGUGCACUUAUGAAACAUACAAGUUUAAAUUUUAACGUUUACGUCAUUGAUUAA